AUGUUGAAGGAACUGGCAAUAUACAUUUGUAUCCUGGUUGUGAUAUGCCAAGGAAGAACUUUACCCACAGAGAUAACCACAACGGCAACAAUUGCCGAGGGGGCGGAGACAACUGAAGCGUCAACUGAAGAGUCAAGCACUUUGGCCAGCCUCGCAGUUAGUCGCGAUGAAGAGGCUAGCAUAUUGAUUGAUCCUGCCCAAGGCUCUACGGCUCUUCAACAGCUGGAUGAUAAAUCGCAACAAAAGUCCGCUAAGCUGUUACUUUUGAGUGCCCCACCCAAAAGGCAUCCAGUGGAAAUGGAACAACAAUUCGAAGAGCAGGACGAAGUCCAGGAUAAUCCAACGGCAGCUGCAUCUGCCACAAACGAUGAGGCGGCAACAACACCAACAACAACUCAAGCCAGCCUAGAGGUAGAGAUGGAUACAACCACCAACGCCACCCAUGAGGAUAAUAUGGAUGCAACGACUACAGCAACAACAGCAACUACAACUGAGGCCAUUACAAAGCUGUUUGCCAUUAAUGCUACUGUCGCCUCUAUGGAUGCUCCACCACCCAGUGUAGCGGUUGCUUUGGCAAUGGACAAUUCUACCGUUUCAAUUGUCGAACAGCCGCAGGAAGCUGGCAAUAACAAUGCAGCCAUCGAGUUGGCCCUUGUUGAGCCCGAAGCGGAAUAUGUCCUUGUCUCCGACGACGACGACAACGACAACGAUGAACAUCAUCAUGAACUUGGCGAAUUUGGUGAACUGCAAUUGGGCAGCUUUACGCACAUUGACAGCGAUGUUCACUUGCAACCAGUUGUACAUUCUGUGGAAAUUGUGCCCACCAGCUUCGAUGAUCCUUUGAUUGUCAAUUAUGUGCACAAUUUGCGUUGAGAGUUGGGCGCGAAAGAGU